UACAUCUGCUUGCAUUUAAUGGCCGUGUUUUUAUUUGCAUUGCUGAUGAGCUAGGAUUGAAGAGAGCGUUACACUUAUAAAAAACGAAAAUGAAAUGAAAAUUUUCAAUAAGAGUCUGCUUCCCUUCUUUAUUAUUUGCUUCUCCCCUUCUCUAUAAAUCAUUACGUUCUAUUCAAUCUUAUCUCACACUGCUUUGCUCUCUUUCUUCUUCUUUAGUAUCUCAUCUGGGUUUUCUUUCUUCUCCUCCAUUGUUAAUGGUUUGGGCUUAGCUUCUUAUUUUCUGAUUUUCCAGGUUGAAAGUUACAUUUCAUCAAGCAUUGUUAUUUUUGUUAUUUUAUUCCGCCACCGUCAUGGACGUCUCCUCCGCUUUUAUCAUUUUAUCAGCUGUUGCCGCUUAUUUGAUUUGGUGGAAAGUCGUCUCCGGAUCAUUUACUGGUCCACGUGUAUGGCCCUUAUUGGGUAGCCUUCCUGGUCUCAUCAAGAACGCCAAUCGCAUGCAUGAUUGGAUCGCAGAUAAUCUCCGCUCCAGUGCUGGUACGUACCAGACUUGCACGUGUGCAGUGCCCUUUCUUGCCCGGAAGCAAGGUCUCGUGACAGUCACGUGCGAUCCUAAGAAUGUGGAGCACAUCUUGAAGGCUAGGUUUGACAAUUACCCUAAGGGUCCUACGUGGCAAGCCGCCUUUCAUGAUUUGCUCGGAGAUGGUAUCUUCAACUCUGAUGGCGACACGUGGCUGUUUCAGCGCAAGACUGCCGCACUGGAAUUCACCACCAGAACUCUGCGCCAAGCUAUGGCUAGGUGGGUCAAUCGAGCCAUUAAGAAUCGAUUUUGUCCGAUACUUGAGUCGGCUCAGCUCCGAGCCCAGCCAGUUGAUCUUCAAGACUUGCUUCUCCGGCUCACUUUUGACAACAUUUGCGGUUUGGCUUUCGGCAAGGACCCACAAACGCUAUCCCCAGAGCUUCCCCAUAACAGCUUCGCUGUGUCUUUUGACCGAGCAACAGAAGCCACGCUGCAGCGCUUCAUUUUGCCUGAAAUAGUGUGGAAGCUCAGGAAAUGGCUUCGGCUAGGAAUGGAGACCAGCUUGAGCCAGAGUCUUCAGCAUAUUGACACAUACUUGUCUGACAUCAUUAAUACACGCAAGCUUGAGUUGCUGAGUCAGCAAAACGGAGUUGGCAAUGGGAACCCUCACGAUGAUCUGUUAUCCAGGUUCAUGAAGAAAAAAGAAUCUUACACAGAAAAGUUCCUCAAGCAUGUGGCUUUGAAUUUUAUCCUAGCUGGACGUGACACGUCAUCAGUUGCACUGAGUUGGUUCUUUUGGUUGGUGAGUCAGCACCCAAGAGUGGAAAAGAAAAUCCUCAUCGAAAUUUGCGGCGUUUUAAUGGAGACACGUGGCAAUGACGUUUCUAAAUGGUUGAAGGAGCCAUUGGUGUUUGAAGAAGUUGAUCGAUUGAUUUAUCUCAAGGCGGCAUUAUCAGAAACAUUAAGGCUUUACCCUUCAGUGCCGCAGGACUCCAAACAUGUAGUGACCGAUGAUGUUUUGCCGUCCGGAGUUCAUGUCCCGGCAGGAUCACUAAUAACAUACUCAAUUUAUGCGAUUGGUCGCAUGAAAUUUAUAUGGGGAGAGGAUAGCCUAGAAUUCAAACCUGAAAGAUGGUUAUCAAAGGAUGGUAAGAAAUUUGAAGUGCAUGAUUCAUACAAAUUCGUGGCAUUUAAUGCAGGUCCAAGGAUUUGUUUGGGCAAAGAUUUGGCUUAUUUGCAAAUGAAGUCGAUUGCAGCGGCAGUGUUAUUGCGACACCGGCUAUCAGUAAUUGCAGGUCAUCAAGUGGAGCAAAAAAUGUCACUGACACUAUUUAUGAAGUAUGGGCUAAUGAUGAAUGUGCAUCCAAGAGACUUGAGGCCUAUAGUGGAAAGCAUAAAUAAUGUUAAACCAACCAAUCAUCUUCUUCAUCAUGAGGUGGUGGCUACCGUUGCUUAAGGCGGCCGGUGGAUUGAUCAAGCUUAGCUUAUAUAUGGUUUGUGAAUAGGUUGCAGCAUGGCUUGCUAUGGCAGACUCCAAGUCAUGUUAUAAAUCAUGAUUGGGGAGGUUUUCAAUUCCUUACUAUUGAAAUAAAUACAAGCUAGAGUAUAAGGCUUUUGUAGAAAGUAGCUGAAAUCUUUAUGACGGUGUUGCUUUAAGUUAACUUUGGUCAAUAUACAAGUCUUUAUAAAA